AUGACGGUGGCCCCGGCGACGCAGCUGGCUGGCGGCGGGAGGCGGUACGCGCUGCUGCUGGCGCUGAACGACUCGGAGUACGCCAGGAAGGCGCACGGCGGGUACGGCAAGGUCUUCGUCGGCGCCCUCCGCUCCAGCUCCGAGGAUACCUGGGACUGCUACCGCGUCAUCGACGGCGAGUUCCCCGCGGCCGAAGAGCUGGAACUCUACGACGGCUUCGUGGUGAGCGGCAGCCCGCACGACGCCCACGGCGACGGCGCGCCGUGCUGGGUGCGCCGGCUCUGCCUCCUCCUCCAGACCGUGCACGCCAUGGGCAAGCGCGUCCUCGGCGUCUGCUUCGGCCACCAGGCCCUCUGCCGCGCGCUCGGCGGCAAGGUCGGGAGAGCGACCGGCGGGUGGGUCGUCGGCGUGAAGGAGGUGACAUUCGUGGAGGAUGUGGAAGGUUUUGAGUUCUUGGAGGAGGGGGUUUCUCGCCGGAGGAGCGCCAGCAUCAUCGAGGUUCACCAAGAUGAGGUGUGGGAGGUACCGCCCGGUGGCAAGGUGCUGGCCUACUCCGACAAGACGCGCGUGGAGAUGUUCGCCGUCGGCGACAACGCCCUCGGCAUCCAGGGCCACCCGGAGUACACCAACGACAUCCUCCUCAACCUCAUCGGCCGCCUCGUCAACGACGGCACCGUCGACGGCUGCGCGGGCGAGGCCGCGCGCCGGACGGCGGAGAGCGGCGGGCCGGACCGCGAGUUCUGGACGGGGCUCUGCAAGGGCUUCCUGAUGGGCGGUGGCGCCGCCGUAGCCGCCAGGACUCCGGCGCCGGAGCUGAGCUGCUGCCAUCGCGUCGCGUGCUUCCCUGCGGCUGCUUCAGGUCCCAUUGGCUUGUAGGUUAGCACUUUUGCACGGUCACGUUACGUACGUACGGUCGUUGCAUGCGGCUUAUAGAGUUCAGCGCAUGCAGCAUGUGCUAUACUGCUAUGCAUAGUAGUAUGGCUUUUUUUUCCACGGUCACGUUACGUACGUACGGUCGUUCCUGAGUACGCGUGCACGUACGAUCGGUGAAGCGACAGGACAAGCGGAUGCCUUUUUUUUCGCGUGUGCUGCAUUGUACAGCAUGUGUUGUAUGAUUUCCAAUGAUUGAAUGGAUGAGGGAUAUGUGGUUUGGGCGAUGA